AAGUGUGUGGGCCAGUCCGGAAAGCCUUCCUUGAAAGGGGCGUGAGAACUGGGUUCUGGUGGCUGCGCAGGAUUUGGAAUGCCCUCACAGAUAAUUAUGGGAACGUCAUGCCUGUGGACUGGAAGUCGUCCCACACCAGGACCUUGCACCUGCUGACGCUGAACCUCUCAGACAAAGGGAUCAGUGACGGUUUGCUCUUUGACACAUCAGAUGACGAGGAGCUCCGGGAACAGCUGGACAUGCACUCCAUCAUUGUCUCCUGCGUCAGCGAGGAGCCCCUCUUCACUGCGGACCAGGUUAUCGAAGAAAUCGAAGAGAUGAUGCAAGAAUCGCCAGACCCCGAAGACGAUGAGACCCCCACGCCAUCUGAUCACCUGUCCAUGCUUUCCCAGGAGAUCCAGACCCUGACCAGAUCGAGAGUGAAACGGCUCCCGGUGUCGGAAUUAAACGAGCUUUUGGAAGAAAUUGAGGCCACCAUUAAGGAGUACUCCGAAGAGCUCGUGCAGCAGCUGGCCCUGAGAGACGAACUGGAGUUUGAAAAGGAAGUGAAAAACAGCUUCAUUUCGGUCCUUAUCGAAGUGCAAAACAAGCAGAAAGAGCACAAAGAAACAGCCAAAAAGAAGAAGAAACUCAAAAACAGCAGCUCGCAGAGUGGCAAGCAGGAGCGGGGUCAUGUGCCCGGCACACGCUUCAGCAUGGAAGGGAUCUCAAAUGUCAUUCAGAAUGGCCUCCGCCACACCUUUGGGAAUGCAGGUGGAGACAAACAGUACCUGACCACAGUCAUUCCUUAUGAGAAGAAACACGGGCCGCCAUGCGUUGAAGACCUUCAGAUACUAACGAAAAUUCUUCGUGCCAUGAAAGAGGACAGUGGAAAAGUCCCGAGCUUGUUGACGGAUUAUAUACUGAAAGUGCUGUGCCCCACAUGAGCGACAUCAGGUCGGGAGCAGCGGCACCUCCGUGGACCAGCGCCCCACCGCUUGCCUGCCGCUGCCACAGCAGCACCCAUGGACUUGGGCUUCAGUAUUAGUAUUAAGAUCAUGACUCCUCUGUUCUUUAUGUUCUAGAAUCAGGAAACAUCGCACUUUUGAAAUCUAGAGCUGGUAUUUGUUAAAUCUAUUAAUCUUCUGGGAUCUUGCUCUCCUCCGUCUCAGUAGUUAGGGGGGAGUAAUAUUCAUUGUGCGUGUGCAAUUCUAGUUUUCAUUAACUGGCAGUAUGUUCAUUUGAGGUUUUACAGGUUCCUAGGUCGCACUGCACUAGACUAAAACAUGAUGGGUUGAUACUCUUAUUCUUCAGUGGUGGCAAGAACCCACAAAUGUCUAUAGAGGAGACUCGCCAGUGUACACAUUACCGACCAGUAUUGCCCAGAGACAAAGGGACAGUCUAGAGUGUUCUGGAAGGAGUGACCCAGGAGCAUGCAUUUCCAUGCCAUUGCCAGUUGCUUUCAGAAACCUGUGUGGACUUCAGGUGUGUAAUCAGCUCAUGUCUCCAUGAAGUGUGCUAUGAGAGAAGUAUUUAUCCUUUCGGUGCUUAAGAAUCUGUUAAGUGGCAGUGUUGUCACCUGCCCCUCCUCAUUGUGUUUGUUUUAUGCUUCUUUCUAAAAUAUUAGUUCUAGGAACAGCUACUCAUGGAUCUGUUUAGUUAAGAAACACUUUGUACUGGCUCUAAUCAUGUGUCAUUUAAUACAUGUACUAAAAAAAAAAAGUGCCUCAUUU